AUUAUUUCAGGUGGUGUGAUAGAUCCUGUUUCUUUUAAUCCACCAAUGCUGCUAAUGCUGUAUGUUUACAUUUAAUUAACAAACGGUACAUGGUACCACAGAUGCUGAGUAUGAUUAACAAAUGCUACCACACAUACGAGGUGUGAAAUCCUGCUUUAAUUCACCCAAUAUAAAGACUCCCGACUAUAUAGCGACAGGCCAGAUUAGUUUUACGGAUACGCACAAAGAAGACCUUACGAAAAUUACCGAAGAAGUGAAGAAGUGUAAUGAAGGGACUUCGUGUAUCUGUUUUGCUGUUAAUGGUAGCGUUUGCUAUUCCAACCACAAAAGGAGCGAAAUACUGCAAAUGUUCCGUCAUUGAUGCGCAUGCUCCAGGCGUUGUACUCCACACCUUCGAAAGAUAUCGGGUGUGUGGCUGGCUCUGUGGAUGCAAACGCGCGCUCAGAGAGUGCGUGCAGAACUGUCAGCGACGCGUCAAAGAAUGGUAUUGCUAUGGCAACUGUAACAACCGUCCCGGCGUGCAAAUCCGAGGUCGUUACGAGGUCGGAAACAACCGAAGACCUACCCGAUGCGGCGCGGCCAAUCUCGUGGACAUCCGAGUGUGCGGCUCAACCACCUGUUAUGGCGCAGGGAAAUAAACAGGAAAUUGUUUUCACUCUCGAAAUUAAUUUAAAUUAUUAAAAGUUUCUCCAUUAA